GUAAAUCGAGCUUCCAUGCUAACAGUUAAGCAGCGCGUACUCACCUGUCGCAAAACCGUUUGGCUGCUCAAUUUCAGAUUCAAGAGCCGCACCGUUCGCUGUCUCGCCUCGGCCACGUACAUUGUGCGGCAAAUCUGUAAUCUGGGCAUCACCGUCUACACGCCCAGCGUGGCGCUAUCGGCGGUCAUUGGCAUACCCUACUGGGCCUCCAUACUGGGCAUGUCGGCCAUCUGCAUAUUCUUCACCAUUAUGGGUGGCCUUAAGGCAGCCAUCAAUGCUGACGUCAUCCAGACCCUCACCAUAUUGGUCGUCACCGUGGCGGUCUGUAUACAGGGCACAAUCUCUAGCGGCGGCCCCAAAAAGGUUUACCAGCUGAACCGCGAUAAUGGCCGCCUAAACUUCUGGAAUUUCACCGGGGACGUAACUGUGCGCGUUGAUACCACCUCCGCCUGGCUGGGCCAGUUGUUUAUGUCCCUCUCACAGAUCGGCUGUCAGCAGAACUUUAUGCAGCGCUACGUCAGUCUUAAGUCCCUCAAGGAAGUACGAAGAGUCAUGCUGAGCAAUGUGCCCGUUGUUUUUGUAUUCUUUGCGCUCUCCUGGGUCUCGGGCAUGGUCAUAUAUUCCACGUACAUCAGCUGCGAUCCCUAUGCCGAGGGCUACAUUAAGAAACCCGAUGAGAUUUUGCCCUUUUUCGUUGAGGAUCAACUGGGCUAUCUGCCCGGCUUUGUGGGCAUCUUUAUGGCUACCCUAUUCAACGGUGCCCUCUGCAUGAUGGUAUCGAAUCUGAACUCUCUUGCCACCGUUUGCUGGGAGGAUUUCGUAUCGCAGCUCCCGAGAUUCAAGGGACUCGGCGACAAGCAACAAUUGAGAAUAAUCAAAAUAGUAACGGUUAUAUGUGGACUGAUUAUCAUGUGCGUUGCCUUCGGGGUGGGCCUGCUCUCUGGCGUCAUCGAGUCCUCGCUGUUGGUCUUCUCGGCCACGUCGGGCCCGCUGCUCGGUUGCUUCAUCUUGGCCAUGAUGGUGCCUGUGGCCAACUGGAAGGGCACAUCCGCUGGCAUGAUAUCUGCAUGCGCAUUUGUCCUAUGGAUAAUUGGCGGCAGCAUGACCAUAGACAAGCCCACCACCAUGCUGCCGACUUCCACAGAAGGCUGCUCCAACUCGACCUUUGCAAGUUCCAUUGUCAAGCCCAGCAGUGGACUAGAUGAACUACCCUGGCUACUGAAGCACACACCAGUCGAUGGCUACAAUCAGACCUUCAUAGAUCCAACGCCCAGAAUCGCACACGAGCGAAAUGCCAUGGAGACAUUCUAUUCAAUCAGCUUUAUGUACUACAGCUUGAUUGGAACAGCCCUGACGGUACUCAUUGGCACACUCAUCAGCUGCCUGACCCAGAACUCGGAUGAUGAAUACGAUGCCAAGCUGCUGCACCCGAUCAUCUUCCGUUGUUACGAGCGCCUGAAUGUGCCCAAGCCGUACUACAUCAAGCACGAGGAGGAAUCUGGGCUGAAUAGACGCAGCAGCAGCAACUCCUCAGCGACCACCAAUUGCAAAGAGGAGAAGGUCAAUCACGCCUUCGAUGCCAACGAGUCACAGGGAAAGAAUAAGACGAAUCCCAUAGCUGUCAUUUUCACCAACUCUUCAUCCAAUGAGGAGCAUCGCAACUCCAUCUGCAAUGUGAGCAGAAUUCAGUUGGAUACAGUUCCUUCGGGCGAGACGGGAGUUUAUCGGCAGCUUGGCUCAAAGACGACGUUCUGAGAUUUACUAAAACCCUCCGGAAACACACAUAUACAUAUACAUAUAAAUGAAAAUUUAGUCGAUAUACAUAGUCCAUAAUUUAUAAGUUAAGUCAAUGCGUAGACUAAUUAACGAGGGGAUUUACUCAUGCACCUUCUGUGCAGAAUGUCGAUAAAGAUGCUGUGAUUAUUGUACAAGAGUAUAGAUUUACGCAUCUGCAAUAUCUUUGAGAGGUAUUCCAUGGAUGCGUAAUGUA